AUGCGUACCGACAGUAAGCCAAUACUUGUCAAUCUUUACAUGGCAUGGUUUAUGUUUUGUUGUAGCAAUGUCUGUAUUGUUUCGCUCUAUUUGCUGAUAUAUUUAAAGUACUCGCCAGUAAAUAUCAAAAACAUUAAAGUUGGAUCCGUUUACCAAUGGUGUACUUGUGGAUUGAGCAAGACACAACCAUGGUGUGAUAAUACGCAUAUCGGUACUGGAUUCAAACCGCUAAAAUGGAUCGCUCCAGGAACAAAAAAGGAUGGAAAACCACAACAAAUAUACUCUAUAUGCGCAUGCAAAUAUACUACAGAUCCACCCUACUGCGAUGCUAGUCAUAUUCAUUUACCAAUGCAGUACAUCAAGGCACAGCGUGAAUGCAUCAAGGAUCAUGCAAAUAUUAAAAAGAUGUGUACUGCAUGUGGAUUCAAGGCGUCCGAGCUUAAAGCAAAUGAGCCUAGUGGAUCUACCUGA